CAGGAGCAGCUGCCUGGACGCCGCCGUGGAUGUUUUGGCUUCAUUUUUGUCUUUGGCGCUGACUGGAUCAUGUGCCGUCACUCUCCAGCCCCUCCCCCAUCGUCAGAGUUUGUUGACAAAAGCUUUUCUUUUGCUUUCUUAAGGUUGUUGUUCUCAUCACCAUCAUCACCAUCACCAUCGCUUUCUCCUCCUCGGCUGGUUUAUGGUGUGUGUUUAAAGCUGCACUCACCCUCCAGCGUUUCAGUGACCUUUGGGUGACUUUCACAAAUUCAAGAGCAGCCAAGCAAAGAUCCCGCGGAUGGCAUGGAAGAGAUGGUUAUUUUGGUUCUGUCUGCAGGCAGAGUGUUUAGCGGGAGGUUUGGGGAGGAAAAAAAUCCUUCGCAGGCCGAAGGAGGAGACGCUCAAGGAGAGGGCUGGCCCCGUGGAGGGGGCCUUCUUUGCAACUCCGGUGAGGAGCACUCCUUGCAGACUCCAGACAGACCUUAAUGCAACAUUUGGAGUUCUUAUUAUUUAGAUUUUUUAAAACAAGAUUAAAAAUGGGAGGGCUGUAUCUAUUCCGUGUGUGUGUGUGUGUGUGUUCGUGUGUGAAUACCCCUAUCGCUUGAUUAUUUUGAUUAGAGCUGCUUGGGGGAAGGGGGGCUCUCACGUCCUCCUGCCUGUCAAUGGGAAACCUCUCUGUUUAAUAUUGUUUUUGAAGCUGGAAUAAAUGAUCAAAGGCUCCUGUCCAGUUUUCAGCUGAAUGAAUCAAUUACCAUACCGUCUUAUGUUUAUUGCACCGCAGUUACCAAUAAUAGCAGCCCCAGUGCAGUCUGGCAUUUAAAAAGCCCCCCCCCAACAGGAACCCCCGAUAUUUGCCCGUCUUUUCCUGCAGGCGAGGCUCCGGGAUUACAAAAGAAGGGGCUGGGACUGGUUGGUGUGCGUGUGCGCGCGCGCGCAGCGAAAUAGUAAGACAAAAAGACGGCGAAAGAGAGAGUCUGCUUUAAAAUUAACUGCCUCUGAUUCUUCCUCUCGCUCCCACCCCCCCAAAAAAUAAAUCGGUAACACAAAAAGUCCCUUUGUAUCGCUCUGGUUCAUUUAAUAUUAUUUAUGCAUUUUGCAAGGAAUUGUGGGAUUUCGCCCCCUCUCAUUCUGUCUUCUUCUCCUUCCCCCUCCCAACUCCAAUUGUAAACAAUAUAGGAACCCCCCACCCCCACCAGUGUGUACUGGAGCCCUUCUUCAGGCGAAGAUAUAAAAGGAAACAGAUUAGCAAGACAAGGGGUGAUGAAUCUAUCCCUUGUUUAGAAGACGAAGAUAUUCCUGCAUUCCUUCUUUUUUAUAUAUAUUAAAAAAGGCUCUUGAGAAGCAGAGGACGCUGCAGCUUUAAAAUCGGGAGGUGGGGGCAUUGGGAAACGGGAGGAGGGGGGCUGUUCCUGUCAUUUACUAGAGUGCUACUGUAUCACGUGUGCAAAAGGCUCUUCUGUCAUUGGCCAAAGGCACGUGUCUAGGAUACCGGCCUUGCAACGUCACUUGAGGAGCUCUAUUAAAAAUAAGAACAAAAAUCCAGAGUGAAAGUAUUUCAGGUUCAGUUUAAGUGGCUUCUAAAUUUACACCCCCACUAUAGGUAGCCAGGGAAAGCGAGUCCGGAAGAGCAAGAGAAAGAGAUUCCCCUCUCAUCUCCUCCUGUGCAACUUGGAAUAUUUGGCUCAAAGGCAGGGAGGAAGCCAGAGAUCGGCUGUGAUUGUCCAGAUGCCUGUGUGUGUCUCAAGCCUGCGCUUGCCUUGUGCGCUGUAGAGAGGAGGAAGGCACUUUCUCCAGCUCAGCGGAGGGGGCUCCAUUGACUUUUCCCCCGUGGAAGGAUCGUCACCAUUUUUUUGUCAGGUUGCCGCCAGUCUCUUCUCCACCCUCGGAAGCCGGACAAGAGUGGGGGCGGGGGGGGCGGAUGAAAGUCCUAAUGAUGAAUACAUUGCGGGGCAAAGAACGCAGGAGGGGGCUGCAGAACUGAAAGGCUGGAAGGGGGCAGAAGGAGGAACCAACUACAGCAGCCGAAGGGAGAAGGAGAAGCGGCGGCAACAUAUAUAUAUAUAUAGAAAAUAUUUUCAGUUCUAUCUGGCUCGCUUUGCAAAGUCUGGAUUUGGAUUGCUCCGCGGACCCAGGCGGAAGGGGGUGUGGAGGGGGGUAACCCAAACCGAGCAGCCCCGAAGCGCGCGCAGACAAAAGCGGGAGGGCAACAACAUUUGGGGACUCCGUGUUCAGCAUGGAGGAGAACGAGCAGCGCCCGGGCGCCGAAGGAGGCGCCGAACAGCCGCCACCGCCGCCGCCGGAGGAGUCCAGCAGCGGCAGCGACGGGGAGCCCAACCGGCGGAGGGCGAUGCUCCUGCCCCGGGUGCUCCAGGAGCCCGGCAACCAUCCGCACCAGCACCCGCCGCACCGAAUCACGAACUUUUUCAUCGACAACAUCCUGCGGCCGGAGUUCGGCCGGAGGAAAGACGGCGGUACCUGCGGCGGCGGCAGCAGCGUUAACCCGGAGCAGCAGCAGCAGCAGCAGCAACAGCAGCUCCUCACCGCCCGGAGCCCCUCGGCGGCGCCAGCCUCCGGUUCCCCGACCGACGGAGGAGGAGGCGGCGGCGGCUCUAAAGCUCUAGCCCCGGCUAAGAAAGGCGGCGACUCUGGCGCGCUCGACGGAGCCUUGAAGUCCCGCGGCAGUGGCAGCAGCGGCGGUGGCGGCGGCGGCGGCGAUCAGUCGCUGAGCUCCGACUCGGACAGCUCCCAGGCCAGCUCCUUCCCCAGCGCGCAGCCCAUGCUGUGGCCAGCCUGGGUCUACUGCACCCGCUAUUCGGACAGGCCUUCGUCAGGCCCCAGAUCCCGCAAACCAAAGAAGAAGAACCCCAACAAGGAGGACAAACGUCCCCGGACAGCCUUCACGGCGGAGCAGCUGCAAAGACUCAAAGCGGAGUUUCAGACGAACAGAUACUUGACAGAGCAGAGGAGGCAAAGCCUGGCUCAAGAACUCAGCCUCAACGAGUCUCAGAUCAAGAUCUGGUUUCAGAACAAGCGGGCCAAAAUCAAGAAAGCCACCGGCAACAAGAACUCCCUGGCGGUUCACCUCAUGGCACAAGGACUGUACAACCACUCCACGGCCUCGAAAGACGGCAAGUCAGACAGCGAGUAGAUGAGGGGAGGGGGGGAAGCCAGGGGAGGGGGGGGGAAGGGGCGAGUCAGAGUUUAUACAAUGCAAUAAUUUAAUUAAAAACAAAAACAAAUAAGGGCCAGUGUAUAAAAAACUAUACCAGCAUAAAUAGUGGGGAAAUAUUGUGUAUUAGAUAUAAUUCUGCAAUAUUCUGUGUAUAUAUAUAAUUUACAGGUAAGGUGUUGUAAAAAAAAUAUCCAAAAUAUCUGAUUAUAAAAUAUUUUUUGAUUUUCUUUUUGUUCUAUGGAAAUUUUAGAUGCUAACUUUAUCAAUUUUUUUAAAAGCUUAAGUUACCUUUUUAUAGACUUAAGCACUGUUUUAAAUGGACAUUGGACACUGUUUUUUGAAAUUCAAAAUAUUAAAGACAACUUUUGCUGAAGUCCAAAGAUUUUUAUUGCUGCAUUUCACGAGGCUGUGAACCGAAUAAAUAGUUCUCCUAUUUGUUCUAUGA